AUGGAUGCCUUGAAAAGUGUUCUAACUUUGCUGAUAUAUGGGCAAGUUCUGUUUCACCGUUGCGACAAAGUUGUUGAUAGGGCUGCUAUCAAAAUUUUCCUUAGCAAUAAUCACGUUCCUACUCUACUCGGUGAUUUAUUGCAUUCCAUUGAUGCCAGAGUGACAAAGAGACGAGGUUGUGUUCUAGGAUGCAUUCCCCUUCUGCAUAAGUGGUUAAUUUCUCACUUACCCCGAUCAGCAAUAAAGAAUGAAGAAGGUUUGACUUGGAUUCAGAGGAUUAUGAGACUGUCGUACGAUGAUGUCAUUUGGUAUCCAAAGGAGUUCGAAAGAGUUCUGUUGUUUGAUCGUUGUGGAGAGUUCCCUAAUGUGCCUCUUCUUGGCACCCAAGGGGGAAUUACUUAUAAUCCUGUACUUGCUCGACAUCAGUUUGGUUUUGCUUUGAAAGAUAAGCCUCGCUCUAUAUAUCUUAGCUCGGAAAGUUUCGACUAUGGUUCAGGUACAACCGGAAAGAAGAAUCGCUUCAUUAAAGCUUGGUACGAAGUAAAAAAGGUAGGUGCAAGAGAUUUGGGAACAAGGAUCCAUACUCCUUCAGAUCUUUACUUUAAAUGGAUUUAUGACCGAGUCGUCGAGUUUGGCAUACCAUAUCCAUCUGACACACCUGUUGUUCCAAGGAUCACUCCUCCAGAGGUUCACAUAGAAUUGGAGCCUUAUGUACCCGCCCCAAAUGAAGACCUUGCUACCACAGUUGCUCAACUAAGACAAGAAAAGGCUGAUCUUGAAAAGCGUCUACAUGAGGUUGAGGCAGAAAAAGCAGUAUUAGUGGCUAAUGCUGAAGAAUGA